AUGCUGUUUGAACUGGUUUUGACACUGACGGCGGUGGCCGCCUACGAAUACGGCCAGAGAUAUCCGCUGCCGCCGGAAGUCGCUCCUUCGCAGCUCGGUCUCGAGUCGCAGUGCACAGAUCCCAACGUCAGUUUCUUCUCAUAAUCGAAUCGCUUCGGUUUGGAAUACGUUAGUUGCGCUUUGGCAAGGAUGGUUAUUUAACUUGUGGUUGAGAAGUCUCGAGGAGCUUUCUUGAAUAUUUUUUCGUAUCAAAUGAAAACCCUCGAAGUCUCAAUUUGCAUAACUUCCGAGUUUACAGCACCUUUGAGCUUACCUUAACGAAAUUAUAUGGCUCCUUUGACUUCGAGACCUGUUUUAUGUAGGUUAAGGCUUUCAAGAUCUUCAUUUGACACAUCUAAAAGGGUUCGAGCCUUUUUUAGAGAGCUCCUAAGAGCAAAAUAUAAAAUAACCUUCUCGUGAGCGUCUCAACGAGUAAACCUGCGAAGCCUCACCCAACUUGAACCGCAGCGCGACCGCGACGCAUUGACCCAUUCCGAAAUUGAGUUUCGAGUUCUCCUGUUGAAGAUAUGAAGUUUUUUUGCAUAACGUCCACCUUUUUCAAUAUAUUUAGAAUCAGUUCAGUAUAUAAAAAUAAUAAUAGUUCAUUUCAGUUCAACUGUAAUUUUUUUUUGUGCUGAUCUAAUGUUUUGAAUGAUUUUCCAGACUCACUUCAAAUACCUUUGCAACAGUAAUUGUACAUUUUUUUCCCAAUCUUGCAAGAGAAAAAAAUUAAACUCUCUUCUGUACAGACCGUUUACACUUGCUACGUGUCAUACUUGGAAAAGUACGGUAUUCAUUCCACCGGCGGAUAUUUGGGUCCAUACGCGAUGCUGGACAGUAAAAUCAAGACCCUCAACUUGAUGAAUGUUUGCAGGUCCACCUUCUUUGAAAAAACUUUUUAAUUGUCACGUUUCAGAGAUUUCAAUGAACUGACGCAAUGUCUGGGCGCUACGACAACUUUCUGCAUCAAUUACAAUGUUUUUCUUCUUUUUGUUCAGAGGUAGGGAAUUUCAAAAAAUGCAAUCAUAAAAGUCAGACUCGCUUGAAAAAGUCAAAAAUAUGAUAAUUUUCCAGGUAUCGAGCUCGAUACGAAGCCUUGUCUUACCUCCAGAACCACGCUUUCCUGGAAUAUGUUUGCGGAAUUGGAUAUCAAGGUUAUUUUCCUCUUCUAUCCCAUUUUUCCUCGAUUUUAUCGAAUACAAAAUGUUUCACCAUGCCGAAAAAGAGAAAUGUCAAUAUUACAACAAUCCCUAUGCGACUGACAUGUAGACCGUAGAGGCAGAUGUCGGCAUCCGCCUCAUUGGCUCAGUGGCAGAGCGUCUGUCUAGUAAACAGAAGGUCGCUGGUUCGAUUCCAGCAUGAGGCACCAGCUUUUUUUUAUUUUUUUUUUUGCAAGGUAUCCUUCGAUUUUAAAAUAUUCAGCGUUCAUGGAUAACGAGGACUGCCUUCAAAGAACUUUGGAAAUCGCUCCUUUAACCAACCGAAUGAUACAAUGCGGCCAGGAAAGUGUUGUUCCUAGCGACCCAGAAGUUUGUCCGUGAGUUUACAUCUUUUUUGAACCUGUGAAAUGAAAUAUUUUCAUUGUAGACGAACUCUUUCUGUAACCGACUGCGUCAAGGAGCAAGUAACCUCCGCCUGUGGAUACACUGCUGGAAAAUCGGCUUGUGGUGAGUGCGACUUUCCAAAGAGAGUUCAUUUCUCCACUAGUUUACCACUCCUUCAAUCAAUCAUGACAUUUUUCAGACCUAAAAAAUGCUGUAAAUUUUCAAAGGACUUUUUUCAGAACGAUAAUCUUCAAAACUUUCAAACUGGUUUCGAAGCUUCUUUUCUCGAAUCCUUACAACAGAAUCGGUUUUCUGAUAGAUCAUUUUGGCAUUUUUAAAACUUAAUUUUUCUCACAAAGUCUGACUGUAGACUACAAAAUUUGGUUGAUAAUAGCUUAGUCAAAUUAUUUCGAAUGUCACGAAGACCUUCCGAAACUUGAAGUUCUCUGAAACUUUUAUCAAAAAAAAAACUGAAAGAGAAAAUGCGAUUUUCUAGUUAUGCAAAAUUUCUAGAUUCAAAGAAGUUUUCCUAGCACAGACUAGUCUUUCCUCUUUUGUUUUACCCUUUCCAAUGCCCGAAAAGUGAAACUUGUUAUCAAAACGGAAAAGAAACGCUGGUGAGAAAAAAGAUAGCACGGAAAUGUCGACCUGGCAGCGUGUAAGUGCACCGAGAGGACAGCCAAGUGGCGAGAAAUUACUCACCGCAGACAUGACUGCUUGGCGCAAUGGUAGCGCGUUCGACUCCAGAUCGAAAGGUUGGGCGUUCGAUCCGCUCAGUGGUCAGAAUUUUUUGCCGAUUUGACAUUGAUGGUUGAUUAGAAUCUCAAAAAAGCAUAUUCAAGUUUUUCCAAACUGUGAUUUUUUUUUUCAGGAGCGGCAGCUAAUAUAGAGCGUCGGUUGGAUUUCCUAGAAGCAGCUUGUUUGACCGAAAUGGACGUCAGAUGCCCAGCUUCUACUGUUUUCUUCCUGUUUCCAUCCAUUAUCAUGUUUCUCACGGUCCUUUUAUUGUAAGUUAUGUUUUUAUAAUGUAAAUAAAAUUAUAUUUAUUUGACCUUAUUUUUAAUUUACAUAGGCGCCAGCAAACAAUGAAUGAGAAAUUGGAGUGCAUUUAAAAAAAAGGAAUUUUUUCCCCAAUUUUAAUAAAAAUUUGGCAUGGAAGCGUAUGUUCACGCGAUGCUUCGCAAAAAGAGAAGACACUUGAGUGUUCAUGGAUGAUUGUCCAGUUAUUUGAGGGACAAAAGAGCCGCCACUCGGCAGCUCAAAUAUCUCCGAUGGCCGUCUUUUAUUGUAAUAUUUGGUGACAAAAGAGGAAAGACCACUUCCUAACACAAAAAGAGCGAUCUUUGGAUGAGAUCAAAAAAGAUCAGAUCAUCAAAAAAAAUGAAUAAAAAUCAGCUUCGGUUCGGAUUUUCAGUUGAAGUCUGCGCAGUUUUUUUUUUCAUAUUUAAUAAUCUCGUAGUAGUUUUUUUUUUAUUCUUUUUACGUCCAACCGCUACGAUAAGUAACUGAAAAGCUAAUGUACAAUUUGAAGGAAAUCGAUACUUUAGAAUAAAUUUUUUGGCUUCGACUUUAUCUUCGAUGUGUAUUAUCCUUUGAGAAGUUUCGGAAAUAGCUCAUAACGAAUUAAAUUCGACAUUUACGGAGCUUACUCUAUUUUUCUGCAUCGAAGAAUCGUACUAUUACUGAUACCUCACCUUUUUGUUUUCAAUCGCCCAGGCCUGAUAAGGAAAGCCUUCAGACAGUCUGAUAGAUGAUCGAAAACACGCCGGAAACAACUGUCCGUCUUUUCGAGGCGUCGCGGCGUCCAUUGUUUUUGACACCUGCCGAGGUGACCCGAAUUGAGUGGCCACCGGUGGCCGGACCCGGUUUCUUCCAGGAAAAGCGCGCCGCCGGACAAACUACCGGCGCAAAAAACCGACGGCUUCCUUGUCUUUCGACGGAUUAUCUCUUGCUCGCGCUGUGUUUUGGCUUGUAGGUCACCAAAAAAGCAAAAUGGCUCGUCGAUUGUUUUCCGUUGCCGUUUAGCCGGUUGGCAGCGGGUGAAAGAGCAAAAAUAAAGCUCUUUAUUGAGCUCUCGAAGAGCAGAGCGAGGAAAGAAAAAACAGCGACUGAGAAUGUUAAAUUUUCGAAUUUGAAUUGAAGUCUUUUUGCUGGUUUGUGAAUUCAAAGGACUGCAGGUUACGUCAAAAUAUCAGAGGAAUGAAAUUCCCAACUUUCAGAAAGGAGAUAAUCUCAUUAAAAAGAUUAGCCUUUUUCCAAUGAAAUUUUUUGAUCGGAAAACAUUUUUUUUCAAAAAGUUAAAAAGGAAGGAAGCUGUCAGAAAAUUGAAAAUUUUAUUCUUUUCAGAAAGAGUUCCGACUAGAUGACUGCAUACGGAAUGGAUUGACAAUCCUUGCUCAUCCGAGUUGUCUGUUAGAAACAUUCAGUUUUUAAUCCAGUUUUGUUAAAUUUUGUUAGCUUGAUCCUGUAUAGUGAAAAGAAUAAAAAUUCGUUAAGAAAUCGUGCGAAAAAGAGGUUUUUCUUCUUUUUUUAUUCCUCAAAACAGUCAUUCUCAAAUCACUUUUGAAAAAAGUUAUACGAAUGAAAACAAGUAAAUUCGAAUUUUCUGAUUUUUCAAGCCUUUUUUUCAUGCGAAACGUCUUGUUGUUUGACCGGCCAGAACAUUUGCCCCUGGGCACACACAAAGGCCAGAAGCCCCGCCUUCAGUCUGCGGCCUUGCUCAGACCGUUCUCAGCUUUUCCUCCGAUCCAAGUCGAUUCGCUCACCUGCCUACCGUAAUUGGCAGCCAUGCGCCGCUGGGCAUUCAGUUUCGCUUGUUUAUUAUCGAUCGGUUGGGCCGAUGCGAACGCUUUCGACCUGAUGGACGGUUCGAUGGAGCCGAUCAAUCCUAAUUACUGCAACAACAGGUUCUUAUUCUUCAUCAUUAUUGAGAAAACUUCAACCGCUUCUUUUUUUUCUUCAAAAAUUGCUAUAUUUUAAUAGCAGAUUAACAGAUUUGUGCAAUAAUGUAAAACAAUAUUCAGUUGAAUGACUCUCUCUUAUAUAUUCUAAAGCUAGAAAGUAAUUACCGAAAAAAAAAUAAUUGCUCGAAAUUGAUUUUAACACUGAAAAAUGUGGUUAGUGGUUUUUGGGCGAAAAUUCUCACGUAAUACUUUUAGAAGCCCAUAAGAAGUUCUUUCUUCUCAUAAAAAAUUUCAAGAGAAAAAAAAUCAUAGUUGGCUCUUCUUCAAAAAUAAAGAACAGUCUGAAACCGGUUUCCAAAAACCCACGGCGUUCCAAAAGGGAACCUCGCAGUAGAGAAAAAUGAGGCAGAAAGUACCGCGCCUCAAUUGCAGAAAACUGGGCGUGGUUUAGUUUUGUAUUGGGAAUUCAAAACCCUAUUUCUUGUUACAUUUUCGUUUCUGAGUGUUACUGCUGUGUUUAUAUUGUUCGUCAGCUCUGACUUCAUAUAAGUUGGUUGUGUCAUGUCGCUCCUUGGCCGUUUACCGCUUUAGUUGAGGCAAAACGAAAAAAAUGAUAAUUCGCGAGUUUUUUUAAUUUACAUGCCAUGUAUUCGACAUCUUUCUGCUUGAUUCAUGUGCAGAAUGAGUUUUUCUACAAUCUAAAAUUGUUCAAAAAAAUCUUUGUCGGCAAAAAUAAUUUUUAAACUGAAUUUCAUGGAAUCUUGUCAAAUUUUGGGUGUUCCGCGCGAAAGAUUAAAACUUUGUGGUAUGUCGGUCAAUCUUUUAUUUUGAUAGCUGAAAAUGUUCACACAGGUUCAUUCAAAAGAACAUGGUUAAUUAGAGAAUUGGAAACAUUUUUAGAGAACACCUGCGAAGAUCUCAGAACUACGCAAAAAAUGAGCGUUUUUCCAUCAUCAUUCUAUGUGAUUUUUGUCAAAACUUCUCAACAACAUUCAUUCAACUUUUUUGUUUUACGUUUUACUGUCAUUCUUUCAUCUUUUAAACAAUGAAUACCAUAGGCUUAUAGCUGAAAAUUUUUCGUAAAACCGAUUUAAAGGUUGAGAAGCAAUUAUACGGAUAAUUGCCAGUGAAACUUCAUCGAAUUGCUUCUUUAUGUUUUGAAAGCUUCCACUUUUCCAUGGACAUCAUGAUAAUCACAAAAAAUACUCUGAAUUCAAUCGAAACAUCUCAAUUUCUUAAAAUUUCGUUUUUGACAUUUUCUGUGAAUUUUCAAAAAAAAGUUCUGUUGCGCAAGUACGCUCCAACGAACGCAAGGGCGCGGUAAAAUGACACGCCUCAUCGGCUCGCUUGCGAGUUCCCUUUUGGAACGCCGUGAACCGCAAAUUUUACUUUUCUCAAAUUCAUUUUUGCGCGGAUGGGUGUCGAAUUGCGUCAUCGUGCCACUCCGUACUUUUUAACCUCAAAAAUUUGAUAAUAAAAAAUUUCUGUUCUUUUUGAAUUUUUUUCAAAGCAGUGCGAAUUAGGGUUUUUUAGUGUAAAUUUUAAGAACUAUUACGGAAAGGUUCGAAUUAAAAAAAUUUUGACAGAAUUCCGUUACUUUUUUUGCAAUUUUUCCUUAAAGCUUUUCAGUACUGAAGACUGUUCGCUAUUAGUUUCAGUAAAAGCUAAAUUAUUUUUUUUUGGUAUUCUCAAGCUGUAUCUGUUUGAAUAUAACGAAUAUUAAAGCUUGAAUGGUUUAGUAACAUUCUGGAAGAAGCGGGCCUGAUACGAGCAACUCUUGGACAAUUUCUCGGCUACGAAUGCAGCGAAGAAUUUUAUCAUUGCCGGUAUCAUCUAGAUGAAAAAUACUCUUAAUUUAUAAUAUUUCAGUUGGCAAAGCGACGGUUUCCGAACGUAUAGAAAAAAGUGCAAAACCGGUUUGUUUUUGUUUUUGUUUCUUUUUUUUUCAAUUUUGAAUUUUUGCAUUUUUUUUUUCUUAAUGUUUUAUUUCGUUUUUCAAUAAGUAUUUCCGUGCUCAAAAGUUUUUAUUACUCUGUUUCGUGAAGAAAUAAUUUUUGAUGACAUUUUUUUGCUUGAAAAUUUUAAAUACUUCAUCACUUCGAUUUAAAUUUUUUUCGAAGUAGACUCCUUGAAAGAUUUUUUCAAUAACUUCAAAAACUUCAGGACUUGUGUACGAUGUCCUGGGUACUCAAAACUGCAACUACGACUACAAUGUCAGAAGCUGCGGCAUCAAAAGUGGAGGUAUGCUGAAGUUUUUUAUGAAAUCAGUUUGGAAUAGAAUAAGUUAAGCUGAGUCAUUUUAUUGCUAAAAUUUCAAUUAUUUUUCUCAUCUCUCAUUUGCUCUAUGCUUUUUCAACUUUCCCAAUAGGGUCAUUCCGUCAAUAUUCGACUUAUUUUAGUUACGCUUAUCACUCAGUUUUUUUCUCUUUAAAAACCAUGUCUGGCAUUCAAGAUAUUCAAAAUAACCUUCUCGAAGUUCAUCUCCACCAGUGUCUUUUUCGGAAAUCAUCUGUGUUCCUUGACCUUCUCUAGUUUUGCGGCCAACGUGAGGUGUCGGAGCUCGUCUCCAGUGUUGAUCUUUCACACAAUACCACGUCUUUGACAGCACACGUUUUUCCCACGAUCCUAUAUCGCCUUUUCGCUGAAGAUUUCUAUAUCGGGACGGAUUUCAAGUUUUCAAGAUCACUAGGAGUUGGCGAGGAGUGAUAAGUUGACAAGAAGCUGGUUCUGGAUUGAAAAAACGAAUUCCAAAAAGCUUUUCGUAUUCCGGAGGCCACUGAAAAUCAGGAAUAGUUGGUCUGUAAAUCGGAGAAUUUAGUUUUCUUAACUCAUACAACUUUUUUUGGACUUUCAGGUUAUUUUGACCUCUCUAACCAUUUUUUUUUCUUAGAAAUCAUAAAAGUUCACAGGGUACAAAAGAAACAACAAGUAAGGUAAAGGAAGGAUGAAGUACCGAUGUACAUACCUUUACUAGAAGCUUAUCUUGUAUUCAUUCCCGACUGUCUUUUGCAGCUCCGAUGACGUGCAACUCGACGGACUUCCACUGCGCUCUUUCAGAACAAUGUCUGCCGAUGUCGAGUCGCUGCGACGGUCAUUAUGACUGUACCUUGGAAGAGGACGAACAAAAUUGCCGUUAGUUUCUUUCAUAAAUUGGCUUGGAAAUGCUCUUUUUUCAUCUGGUGUUUAGUAAGGUUUUAUUGUUAUACGCGUACGUGGGAAACUAAAAGAAUAAAUUAGUCCAGGAGAAGAAAAUGACUUACGAAAAUUUGAAUAGAAAAGACAUAAAAAUCAGUAUUACUUCGAGGAGAUAGUGGACUACAAUAAAGUUAGGUUUGAUCCUCAGGAGAUGGCGUUGGCUUGAAUUUAGGAAAACUCGGGAGUUUUGCGGCCUUUAAAAAUGGUCUGCCCAUGUAUAGUUCUUCUCUAAAUUGUCCUGAAAAAUAGAAUAAGAUCAUCGAAAAUUUUUUUUGGUAGGCAAUCGAUUUUUUUAUAAUUUUCACGCGGGAUAAUUAAAGCUAAGUAAACUUUCAUAAAGAAUUAUGAUUGCGGUACAACUGAAAUGCUAAUUUACGACAUGGAGACGAGAUUAAAUGAAAGCUAGUUUUUAAGCGUUUUUAUUUCAUCAAACUGAAGAUUUUCACUCGGUUGUUAAUUAAUCGCGGUGUUAGUCCAUAAAAUGGAAAAAAAAUACGUUUCAUAUUAUUCAGCCCUCUGCACAGCUGGCGAAUUCGCUUGUGUUGUCUCGGAACAGUGCAUCCCGCUCGAUCGCAGGUUUUUUUUUAAAGUUCUCCAACUUUUCCUCGUCUUCGCCAUUAACGAAACUUGUAGAGAAAAAAUACCUCUUACAGGAUUUUUUUGAGUCAAUGGGAGAAACUUUUUCUGGCAAACUAAGGAAAUUUAUAGAUGCAACGGGAUCGCAGAGUGCAGCGAUGGCACCGACGAACGCGAUUGUGAUGGUUCAGUUUUUUUUUUUUGCUUUUCUUCUGAAAAAAUCGGAUCGGAAUGUGCUUUCUCUUCCUUAGGGUGGAGCUCUUGGCGCCCAUCCAAAGUCGGUCUUUUUUUGUUUGUGGAAGCAGCUGGAGGUGUACGCUUACCUGUGCAUUGUGUUGCAUUGUCCGACCUGCCUUCCGUCGUUUCCUUUUUUCUCAGUUCAGGAAAGGCACUUGAAAAAAAUCGUCCGUAAAUAUCCUUGGAAAAUUUUUGAAAAAAAAAAACAGAAAACUUCUCUUUUCCAUUUAUAUACAGGAUAUUAGAAGCCGGCUGGUAAGCCUGAAGUCGCUUUCGAAUUUUAAUUCUGUUUACAGAACUUCGUUUUGAAUUUUUCCCUGCAUGAUAACUAUUUUGUGGCUCUCAAGUCAAAACAAGUCGAAUUUUUUAUCCGCACUUAUUCUGGUAAGAAGAAGAGUUGUUUUUUGUUGCACUCUUUUAGUCACGUCUCGGCUUCAUUGAUAGCUUUAAAGCUUCAAAAACUGACCGAAAACAAAGUUGUGAAAAUUUUUUGAUGAUGUGGAGUCUGGAUAGCUCAAAGCUAAAUUUUUCGACCAUUUACUGAAAAGACGUCCCUUGUAAAGUGUUACCAACGAAGUCUCGUAAAAAAUAAUUACAAGAGUAAAUAUAAAAAUUAGGUUUUUUUUUCAGUCUAAUAAGACUUUGUUUAACAUUAUGAAGAAUAAUUCAGUAUGCGGACACGGGUUGUUCCAUUGCGGAAAGAGCGGCGAAUGCAUUCCCGUGGACGAACGUUGCGACGGCCGUCGACAGUGUCCUCAUGGGGAAGACGAGCUUCUUUGCAAGUAAUCUUCAGAUUUAUCUUCUUUUUUUUGACAUGAUCAUCACUUCUUAAACGUCAGAACCAAUUCUUUCAAAAGGCAGAGAAAAGAGUAUGAUCUAUGUUUUUGCUUUUCAAAACUGAAAAAAAAGCUUGAUUUUGAGAAAACCCGACAUCGACAAGAAGUUCACGUGCCAAUCGAGAGACUACGACAUUCCGUUCGGCCAGGUGAGGCAUUUUUGAAGUCAUAGCCUUUUUUAAAUCAUUCAUAGAAAGGUUUUGGAGUUUCUGUUUUCUUGCGAAAAUGUCAGAGAAGCUUGAAAAUAUCAUGUAGAAGCGAGAAUUUCACCUAAAAUCAGCGAAAAAAAAUUUUUUUUCAAGUUUUUUCAUAAAUGGUUUCUCAAAUCAUAAAAAAUUUUUUUUUUGUUUUAUAUAUAACUUAGGUUUGCGACGGAAUUCCGCAAUGUCCUGACGGUUCGGAUGAGGUCUACUGUGAACUUCCAAAGGCUCUCGGAGGAAUGUGAGGAUUUUAUUAUACUUUUUUUAUUGGCCAUGCACAUCUCUCAUUUUACAAUAAAUUUAGGCCAUUUAUAGACAAAAAAUGAUUCAGAUCAGCUCUAUUGAAGUUCACUAAAUUUUUUUAACCCAUUUCAUUUCUUCCUCGGUCCGAUUUUUCAGAAAAAAAGUUUUUUUCUAAUCUGUCAAGUCUACUCAUUUCUUCUCUUCAAGAGAAAUUCGACUUUCCUCUCAAAAAAGAAGCUGACCGCAUCUUCCUUGCAGUUCAUUCUCUUCGAAUCCGAACCCUCCACCUGAGCCAGCUGCUCCAGCUCCAGCUCCGGCUCCGUAUAUAUACCCACCGACGACCGAAGAAGAAACGACUCCAGCCGGCGAAGAAGAGGAGUACGAGUACGAGGAGACGCCGGAAGAGGAGGAGAAGCCCCCGUCGUUCCCGAUGCUCUCCCUUGGACAAAUGCCAGCGUUUGUUCCUUUUUUCUAUCAAUUUGAAACUUUUUAUUACUCGUCAUAUGUAACUUUAUUGUCAAGAUUUUAACUACAUUGACGGAAAAUGAAAGGGAAAAUGGAGAGUGCGAGAAUUUUGGCUGAUAGAGGAAAGAGGGCUUUUGUUUCCUAAAUAUGGAGGUAGAUCAAAUUUUUGAGAGGAUUUAUCAUGGAAAUCAGUGUUUCGCGAGUUCAGACCGCAGCACCCUCCUCCUCCUCCUCCACCUCGGCCAACAACGCCACGACCUCCGCCUCCGACUCGACCUCCUACUACGACAACUCAGGCUCCUCCUCCUCCCCCACCUGCACCUCGUCCAGCUUUCAGCAAGCCAAAACCGAAGAUCGUUGUCCCUCCAAUCGUAGAGGUUGACUUUGAAAUAUUACUAAAUAUUAUAUUUAAUGAAUUCACAGAAAUUCUCAGGAAUAAAUAUAGUAGAAAUAAUAUACCAGUACUAAAAAAUAGAAAACUUAUUUUUAAAAAAAUAAAAUUUUGAAAACUCUCUGAAUUUUAAGCAAGUCGAAGCCACGACCCACAAGCAUAUCAUCGUCCAGCCGACCUACGUCGAAGUCACGGCUCCAAGUCGACCGGUUAGAAAUAACCGAAAUUCAGGAAGAAUCUGAUAGUUUCCAGGUCUCAAACAACGCGAAACGGACGAGAUAUCCAACGAAAGCCGUUCCGAUGCACUCAGCGACUCCAACUUCGGCUCCUGCUACCAGGCCGCCAACAAUCAAGCCGGCCACCCAAAAGUCACGACAGUUGUUUGAAUCGUCUCCAGGUGAGUUUUUGAAAAAAUUGACUUGUUAAGUACUGAUCCCCGUGUAGAAAACAAUUGAAAAAUGAAUUAGUGUCAUAUCUGCCGAUUCCUAUGUUUUCUAGUGUCUCUAACAGUUGGUUUGAAAUCGUUUCUUAGUGAGCGACUUAUUGGAGAAAAAUUUAUUCUGUUUUCGAAUUGAAUCUGAGAAAAGAGGGAUUUGCAGGAAGCCAAAAGCCAGCGACGGAAAAAGUGUUCAUGAUGCAAGUGACGGCGGCGCCAAGAACUCCCACCGUCGCUGUGAAAUCGACGGCCCCUCAAAGCAAAGUGAAACUGACGCCGCCAGUCGUCGACUCCAAGGACGAGUUGCUCCAGCAAAUCAGCAAUCAACUCAACGGCGGAAUGUCUCCGUGAGUUUCCCCGAAAACUGCAAAAAGCCAUCCGUCGAGCCGGAUUCGAACCAGCGACCUAAGGAUACCCACUGCUCUACAGUCCUCCGCUCUACCAACUGAGCUAUCGACGGCACGGCAGCUGCCGCUGAAUACGCCAGUUACACCUCUUGUGGUGUCGGUAGUGUGAAGGAAAGAGAUAAGAACGCGAAAGAUUUUUUUGAUUUCAAAUUUAGAAAUAUAAGAGAACAAUAAAAUUUUCAGAGAUUUGCUGUCGAAAAUUGAAAAAAUUCUCUCAACCGAACUUGAGUCGACGUCAAGUACGCGUCGGAGAAAACCGUCCAGCGGGUACUGUAAUAUUCGAAUUCAACUAAUUUCUGGAUUACUGUAGGCAAACGAUAUCUCCAGCUGCUCUCAUCAGAACCUUCACGGCGAGGGUACAAGGUCACAACGAACAAGUCCAAAACUAA